CCGCGACGGCGGCGGCGGCGGCUGAGGCCGGGGGAAGUGAAUGGUUUUACCCAGAGGGCCGUGCGCCGCCUUUCUCCGCUGGCCCCGGCGCGCCCGGCAGCUCCUCCCCGGCCAUGGCGUUCACUUUCGCGGCCUUCUGCUAUAUGCUGGCGCUGCUGCUCACCGCCGCGCUCAUCUUCUUCGCCAUCUGGCACAUCAUAGCAUUUGAUGAGCUGAAGACUGAUUACAAGAACCCUAUAGACCAGUGUAAUACCCUGAAUCCUACAGUUGAAAAGGUCAAAAAGAUUAAAAGAGUCAAAAUUGCACUAAAGCUUGUCCUUCCAGAGUACCUCAUCCAUGCUUUCUUCUGUGUCAUGUUUCUCUGUGCAGCAGAGUGGCUCACACUGGGUCUCAAUAUGCCCCUUUUGGCAUAUCAUAUUUGGAGGUACAUGAGCAGACCGGUGAUGAGCGGCCCUGGACUCUAUGACCCGACGACCAUCAUGAAUGCAGACAUUCUAGCUUACUGUCAGAAGGAAGGAUGGUGCAAACUAGCUUUUUACCUUCUAGCCUUUUUUUACUACCUAUACGGCAUGAUCUAUGUUUUGGUGAGCUCAUAGAACAACACAGAAGAAUCGGUCCAGUUAAGUGCAUGCAAAACGCCGCUGAUGAAGGGAUUCUAUCCAGCAAGGUCCUGUUCCCAAGAGUAGCCUAUGGAAUCUGAUCAGUUACUUUAAAAAUGACUCAUUUUUUUAAUGUUUCCACAUUUUUUGCUUGUGGAAAGACUGUUUUCAUAUGUUAUACUUGGAUAAAGACUUUAAAUGGAAUUACGUAUAAAUUAAUAUAAAAUGAUCACCUCUGGUGUUGACAGGUUGAACUUGCACUCUUAAGGAACAGCCAUAACCCUCCGAGUGAUUUCAUUAAUUACUGACUGCCCUGAGUCCUUUGGGAGCUUGGUGUAGAGGGCUUGUUGGGCUCCAAGAUAAAUUAGCUGUAGAUACGAGGUGCUUCUGGUGAACUGAAAAUGUAUGUCUGACUUGUGGGGAAGGCCGUGGGCUUCCGCACUGAUCGCUGUAGAUGAUUAUGUACGGACGUGGCAGUAGGAAGGGUGGGGUUUCCUUCCCUGUCGACUUGAAUAGUAUCCCUGUACAUUGCAUGAGAGAGGGUCUCCCUCCUUUCCAUCAGAGUAAUACACUUGCUUUAAUUCUUAAACAUAAGUGAUACAAACAUAUGCUGAAUUACCUGUAAAGAAUGCAUUUAAAGCGGUUUUAAAUGUAUUUUUAUUUGUAAGACAUUAUUUACUAAGAAAUUGGUUAUACUAUGCUUACUCUUCCAAUCCAGUGGUCGAGGUAUUCUUAAGAAUUUGCAAGUACUUUAGAUUUCCAAAGUGAAUGAGAGAACUGUGUAACCACCUGCUGUUCCUUCGGUGCAACCCAAUAAACUCUGAGAUGAAGAUG